AUGAGCCAUUUUUUUAAACGUCUGGCUGCUCGUAAGCCGGUCGAGCUAACUUGUGAAGAAAUUAACAAGUCCGAGUACAAACGUGCGCUGACUGCGUUUGAUCUGACUAUGUUGGGUGUCGGCGGUAUUAUCGGUGCUGGUAUUUUUGUAUUGACUGGUAAAGCUGCUAGAGAGAAUGCCGGUCCUGGUAUUGUUAUCUCGUUUAUAAUCUCUGGUAUUGUGUGCUCUCUGGCAUGUUUAUGUUAUGCCGAGCUCGGAUCAACGCUGCCAGUAUCUGGUUCCGCAUACUCGUUUACUUAUGCCGCACUAGGCGAAGUACUGGCUUGGAUUGUUGGAUGGGAUCUUAUGUUGGAGUACCUUGUUGGUGCUGCUACCGUUGCUGUGGGUUGGGGUGUUUACCUUGAUAUUUUCAUUGCCGGAUUUCAUAUGAACCAUCUCACUUGUCUCGACGGAUCCGAAUGUACGCCUUACUUUAAUAUCCCUGCGUUUGUCAUUGUGCUUCUUCUCACCAUUGUUCUCUGCUAUGGUGUCCGUGAAAGUACUCGGAUCAACAAUAUUCUUGUAUUUGUCAAGAUGAUUGUCUGCGCUGUGUUUGUUUUUGCUGGAAUCAAGUUUAUCAACCCAGCCAACUAUGUUCCAUUUGUUCCUCCAGAGCAAGGUCAUGGUCGCUAUGGUGCCAGUGGUAUUUUCCAAGGAUCUGUCGCUGUAUUCUUUGCGUAUAUUGGAUUUGAUGCUGUUACAACCACUGCACAAGAAGCUGCCAACCCACAACGCGAUUUGCCCAUUGGUAUUAUCGGAUCUCUUGCCAUUUGCACCGUUUUCUAUGUUGCAGUGUCAGCAGUUCUUACCGGUAUGGUAAACUACAGCACAAUUGAUCUGAGUGCACCCGUUGGUCAGGCCCUUAUCGAUGUCGGUCUCCCCGUUCUUGCUGUUAUUGUUUCGUUUGGUGUCAUUUGUGGUCUUACUUCAGUCAUGCUAGUUAGUAUGCUUGGUCAGCCUCGUAUCUUUUACUCGAUGGCGUACGAUGGACUGCUUCCCGAAGUGUUUUCUAGGAUGCAUGCCAAAACUGGCACACCAUAUGUUGCCACCAUUGUAUCUGGUGUCGUCUGCGCGCUUUUAGCUGGUCUGCUUCCAGUAGAUCUUCUCGGUAAUCUCACAUCUGUAGGCACACUUUCUGCCUUUUUCCUUGUUUCUGUGUCGACACUGGUCCUGCGUAUCACCGAGCCAGAUCUUCCCCGCAAAUUUGAGAUUCCCGGUGGAUUCUGGUUUGGAGGCAUUUUCAUUCCCUUCCUAUCGGCCUUUUUCUCGAUUGCACUUUUCUCACAAGCAGCUGUAUCGUCAAUUUCGCGAGUAUUCAUUUGGAUGGCGAUUGGAUUGGUUAUUUACCUAUGUUAUGGAUACAGAAACUCGAAGCUUGGCAAGUCGUUGUCUGGAAAAAUGUCUCACACUAAAUCUACCGAGGCGCUUUCCGAGAAAAGCAUUGUAUAA